CUGUGACAGCUAGAGGUCUUUGUGUUGUCUAAAGUAGCUGCAUUAUUCAUCCUACCAUAUUGGAUCAUUUACCUAAUUCAGGGCUUUGGCUAUUCAUUUCAAUCUUUAUAAGCUGAUACAUGUGCUAGUCUUAACAACGCAUUGAGCUGUCAUACUUUGACAAAUUAUAUUGACAGAGAUAGAAUUCCUCACGUCAGUUCUCGCCAAGUCCAGGAUCGAUUUUUUUGGGGAAUAAUGCUUUUAGCAGGGUUAGUCUGGGGGAAUAUGAGCGGCGCUCGGAGCCGUAAUGUGUGUCUGUCUGUGUGUGUCUGUAAAAUGAGGAAACACUGGCAGGAACUACUGAAGUCCUUUAGGGAGAAACAUCAGCAAGAACUACUGAAGUCCUUUAGGGAGAAACAUCAGCAGGAACUACUGAAGUCCUUUAGGGAGAAACAUCAGCAGGAACUACUGAAGUCCUUUAGGGAGAAACAUCAGCAGGAACUACUGAAGUCCUUUAGGGAGAAACAUCAGCAGGAACUACUGAAGUCCUUUAGGGAGAAACAUCAGCAGGAACUACUGAAGUCCUUUAGGGAGAAACAUCAGCAGGAACUACUGAAGUCCUUUAGGGAGAAACAUCAGCAGGAACUACUGAAGUCCUUUAGGGAGAAACAUCAGCAGGAACUACUGAAGUCCUUUAGGGAGAAACAUCAGCAGGAACUACUGAAGUCCUUUAGGGAGAAACAUCAGCAACAACUACUGAAGUCCUUUAGGGAGAAACAUCAGCAGGAACUACUGAAGUCCUUUAGGGAGAAACAUCAGCAGGAACUACUGAAGUCCUUUAGGGAGAAACAUCAGCAGGAACUACUGAAGUCCUUUAGGGAGAAACAUCAGCAGGAACUACUGAAGUCCUGUAGGGAGAAACAUCAGCAGGAACUACUGAAGUCCUGUAGGGAGAAACAUCAGCAGGAACUACUGAAGUCCUUUAGGGAGAAACAUCAGCAGGAACUACUGAAGUCCUUUAGGGAGAAACAUCAGCAGGAACUACUGAAGUCCUUUAGGGAGAAACAUCAGCAGGAACUACUGAAGUCCUUUAGGGAGAAACAUCAGCAGGAACUACUGAAGUCCUUUAGGGAGAAACAUCAGCAAGAACUACUGAAGUCCUUUAGGGAGAAACAUCAGCAGGAACUACUGAAGUCCUGUAGGGAGAAACAUCAGCAGGAACUACUGAAAUCCUGUAGGGAGAAACAUCAGCAGGAACUACUGAAGUCCUUUAGGGAGAAACAUCAGAAGGAACUACUGAAGUCCUUUAGGGAGAAACAUCAGCAGGAACUACUGAAGUCCUUUAGGGAGAAACAUCAGCAGGAACUACUGAAGUCCUGUAGGGAGAAACAUCAGCAGGAACUACUGAAGUCCUUUAGGGAGAAACAUCAGCAGGAACUACUGAAGUCCUGUAGGGAGAAACAUCAGCAGGAACUACUGAAGUCCUUUAGGGAGAAACAUCAGCAGGAACUACUGAAGUCCUUUAGGGAGAAACAUCAGCAAGAACUACUGAAGUCCUGUAGGGAGAAACAUCAGCAGGAACUACUGAAAUCCUGUAGGGAGAAACAUCAGCAGGAACUACUGAAGUCCUUUAGGGAGAAACAUCAGAAGGAACUACUGAAGUCCUUUAGGGAGAAACAUCAGCAGGAACUACUGAAGUCCUUUAGGGAGAAACAUCAGCAGGAACUACUGAAGUCCUGUAGGGAGAAACAUCAGCAGGAACUACUGAAGUCCUUUAGGGAGAAACAUCAGCAGGAACUACUGAAGUCCUUUAGGGAGAAACAUCAGCAGGAACUACUGAAGUCCUGUAGGGAGAAACAUCAGCAGGAACUACUGAAGUCCUUUAGGGAGAAACAUCAGCAGGAACUACUGAAGUCCUUUAGGGAGAAACAUCAGCAGGAACUACUGAAGUCCUGUAGGGAGAAACAUCAGCAGGAACUACUGAAGUCCUGUAGGGAGAAACAUCAGCAGGAACUACUGAAGUCCUUUAGGGAGAAACAUCAGCAAGAACUACUGAAGUCCUUUAGGGAGAAACAUCAGCAAGAACUACUGAAGUCCUUUAGGGAGAAACAUCAGCAGGAACUACUGAAGUCCUUUAGGGAGAAACAUCAGCAGGAACUACUGAAGUCCUUUAGGGAGAAACAUCAGCAGGAACUACUGAAGUCCUUUAGGGAGAAACAUCAGCAGGAACUACUGAAGUCCUUUAGGGAGAAACAUCAGCAGGAACUACUGAAGUCCUUUAGGGAGAAACAUCAGAAGGAACUACUGAAGUCCUUUAGGGAGAAACAUCAGCAGGAACUACUGAAGUCCUUUAGGGAGAAACAUCAGCAGGAACUACUGAAGUCCUUUAGGGAGAAACAUCAGCAGGAACUACUGAAGUCCUUUAGGGAGAAACAUCAGCAGGAACUACUGAAGUCCUGUAGGGAGAAACAUCAGCAGGAACUACUGAAGUCCUGUAGGGAGAAACAUCAGCAGGAACUACUGAAGUCCUGUAGGGAGAAACAUCAGCAGGAACUACUGAAGUCCUUUAGGGAGAAACAUCAGCAGGAACUACUGAAGUCCUUUAGGGAGAAACAUCAGCAGGAACUACUGAAGUCCUUUAGGGAGAAACAUCAGCAGGAACUACUGAAGUCCUGUAGGGAGAAACAUCAGCAAGAACUACUGAAGUCCUUUAGGGAGAAACAUCAGCAGGAACUACUGAAGUCCUUUAGGGAGAAACAUCAGCAGGAACUACUGAAGUCCUUUAGGGAGAAACAUCAGCAGGAACUACUGAAGUCCUUUAGGGAGAAACAUCAGCAGGAACUACUGAAGUCCUUUAGGGAGAAACAUCAGCAGGAACUACUGAAGUCCUUUAGGGAGAAACAUCAGCAGGAACUACUGAAGUCCUUUAGGGAGAAACAUCAGCAGGAACUACUGAAGUCCUUUAGGGAGAAACAUCAGCAGGAACUACUGAAGUCCUUUAGGGAGAAACAUCAGCAGGAACUACUGAAGUCCUGUAGGGAGAAACAUCAGCAGGAACUACUGAAGUCCUGUAGGGAGAAACAUCAGCAGGAACUACUGAAGUCCUUUAGGGAGAAACAUCAGCAAGAACUACUGAAGUCCUUUAGGGAGAAACAUCAGCAGGAACUACUGAAGUCCUUUAGGGAGAAACAUCAGCAGGAACUACUGAAGUCCUUUAGGGAGAAACAUCAGCAGGAACUACUGAAGUCCUUUAGGGAGAAACAUCAGCAGGAACUACUGAAGUCCUGUAGGGAGAAACAUCAGCAGGAACUACUGAAGUCCUUUAGGGAGAAACAUCAGCAGGAACUACUGAAGUCCUGUAGGGAGAAACAUCAGCAGGAACUACUGAAGUCCUGUAGGGAGAAACAUCAGCAGGAACUACUGAAGUCCUUUAGGGAGAAACAUCAGCAGGAACUACUGAAGUCCUUUAGGGAGAAACAUCAGCAGGAACUACUGAAGUCCUUUAGGGAGAAACAUCAGCAGGAACUACUGAAGUCCUUUAGGGAGAAACAUCAGCAGGAACUACUGAAGUCCUGUAGGGAGAAACAUCAGCAGGAACUACUGAAGUCCUUUAGGGAGAAACAUCAGCAGGAACUACUGAAGUCCUUUAGGGAGAAACAUCAGCAGGAACUACUGAAGUCCUUUAGGGAGAAACAUCAGCAGGAACUACUGAAGUCCUUUAGGGAGAAACUUCAGCAGGAACUACUGAAGUCCUGUAGGGAGAAACAUCAGCAGGAACUACUGAAGUCCUUUAGGGAGAAACAUCAGCAGGAACUACUGAAGUCCUUUAGGGAGAAACAUCAGCAGGAACUACUGAAGUCCUUUAGGGAGAAACAUCAGAAGUUUCCAGAGACCCUGGCUGGUUUAUUCUCUAAUGUACCAUUUAUCUCAAUAAGACUGGAUUAGUUAUUGUUUGUCCCAGUUUAAACGAACAACAACUUUAUAAUGUAUACAUAAAGUCUUCAUAAACACAAUAUAAAUGCUUCACCAAUCAUCUAUAAACUAAUGUCAUACUGUAUAAAUGAUUUAUAAAGUGUGACAUAACAACUCCCUAUGUAGGGUGCAUUGCCACACUAUGUGAAUCCCUAAAAAGGCUAUGCUUUAUUACAUGUGAAAGAAUGUGUUCUGACCACACUCUGACACUUCAACAUAAGGUCUGUGUACAUAUAGACAUGUAUUACUGUAUGCUAUAUAAAGCCUUUAUAACUUGUGGUUCGCUUAAAGUGGGACCUUAACAUUUAGGCAGAUGAGUGCAGACAAUGCACAACCGCACACACACACACACACACACAC